CUUCUUCAUGAUCGCAAAUUUGUAGCUUCCCCUAUUCCUUCUACAUUCUGCUUGUCAAUUGCUCUAUCUUUCCCCUCCGUUCCCAGCCUACUCAUCAUGACAGUACCAAUCGCGGAAAACGAUAUCGAUGUUGGAGAAACCCUGCCUCCGAUGACCGAGCACGCAGUCAGUGUGUCAUUGCCUACGUGGAGAGCAAAUGUCGGAUAUGAAGAAGGCGAAGAGUGGGUGGUCGCCAAAAUGAAGACAGGUUAUCCAAGGUUUUUCAUUCACAAGUCCAUUGAAAAAUUCACAGCAGCAAUUUUGGAAAAGUAUGGUCGACCCGGAGAGCGAGCCUUGCUUUUUCCUUCCCCUGCUGUGGCUCGCAGGUGUCAAGACUUCUUCAGGGCGCAGGCCCCUGAAUUGAGCCCUGCGCAAGUGAGAAUCAUUGACCUUGUCCCUGCAGCAGCAAAGGAAAGGUCAGAAGAACUAGCUGUUAUUUCUCCAAGAAUCUCAGCUGUUCUUUUCCCUGAGGACGCAUUCCGGACGGGAAAGGCCUUCUGGCAACACUCCGGUGACGGUAUCUCCAGCAGACGAGCAGAGUAUUGCCAUGCAUUGUUUCUCGAGGGAGGUCUCAUUGAUUCCCCAGCACUUGAAGAGAUGUCGCGGUUCUGCAAAGGUCCGAGGAGGUAUCAGAGGAAGACAUCAGUUGACAUCACGAAUGUUUCGGCGGAAACUCGAGAUCCCACUCAAUUCGUCGAGGAGCGCUUUGGCAGGAACCUCAAUCUGUCAUUGACGAAGAAUGCAAAAUUGGCUGUGCGACGUCGAAUUGCUGGCUCGUUGACUGCAGACGUUGAGCUGUCCGAAGCUCUGGCCUUGGAACGGGACAUGGAGAAAACAAGACAUGUAGCUGGCUUCUCAGAAGAUGAUGUUUACCUCUAUCCCUGCGGAAUGAGCGCAAUCUUCAAUGCCCACCGUAACUUGUUGGAGAGCAGGGGUCAGCUUAAAAGCAUAGUCUUCGGCUUUCCUUAUAUUGACACCCUCAAAAUCGCCCAAAAGUUCGGCCCAGGUUGUUUAUUCUAUGGAUUCGGCUCUUCGGAGGAGUUGGAUGACCUGGAGAAGCGAUUAGAAAAUGGGGAGAGAUUUCUAGCGUUAUUCACCGAAUUCCCUAGUAACCCCCUGCUGAAGUCUCCCGACAUCCAACGCAUUCGCCAUUUAGCAGACAAAUACGACUUCGCCGUCAUCAUCGACGAGACCAUUGGAAACUUCCUCAACGUGAACGUUCUCCCUUUCGCGGACAUCGUGGUCAGCAGUUUAACAAAAGUCUUCAGUGGAGAUAGUAACGUCAUGGGCGGCAGUCUCGUUCUCAAUCCGAAAGCCAAAUUCUAUCAACAGAUCAAGAAAGUAUGGGACGCGGAUUAUGAGGACAACCACUGGGCGGAGGAUAGCCUCUUCCUUGAACGCAACAGCCGUGACUUUGUAAAACGAAUCGAGCGGAUCAAUGCCAAUGCUGAAGCCAUCUGCGAUGCCCUCCUCGGGCACCCAAAAGUGAAGCAGGUGUAUUAUCCAAAGUACAGCCCCACGCGCCAGUAUUAUGACAGAUGUCGUAAUCCAGGAGGCGGUUACGGAGGUCUCCUAUCGGUGACUUUCCACACGAAACAGGACGCUGUGGCUUUUUUUGAUAACCUGGACACUGUCAAAGGUCCAAGCUUGGGCACCAACUUCACGCUUAGUUCACCUUAUGUGAUACUCGCGCACUACGGAGAGCUGGACUGGGCUGCGUCAUGGGGAGUCGAAUCUGAUCUGGUUCGCGUAAGUGUGGGUUUGGAAGAAGCCAACAAAUUGGUUCAGGUUUUCCGCCGUGCGCUCGAAGCGAUACCUUCAUGACUACAAUGUAACGAGUGAUCACUUGUGGGAAAGCACAAUAUGCAUCCUGUCUACACCCCG